AGUACGAAGAAAAACUCACCUUCAUCUCUUGCAAUCAGUCAAUCAAAAGAGAGAGAGAGAGAGAGAGAGAUGGCUGAAACCGUUCUUUCACUGGUUUUAACCAAGCUUUCAGAGCUGGUUACACACGAGUUGAAGUUGGUGCAUGGUGUGAGAGAUGAGAUGAGAUGGUUGGAAAGCGAGCUCCGUUGGAUUAAAAGCUUUAUUAAGGACGCAGAUGGAAAAGGAAAGAGGGAUGAAAACGUGAAGAACUGGGUGAAUGAUGUCAUACAAGUUGCUUACCUAGCUGAAGAUGCCAUUGAUACUUUCUUCAUCAAGGUUCAUCACUCCAAAGGUGGCCUAAGUUGCAUCAAGAGGUUGAAAGCAAGGCAUGAUGUAGGUAAGGAGAUUUGCAAAAUAAAAGAAAGGCUUAAUGAGAUUAAAGCUAGGAUAGCGUUGUAUGGGAUUCAAUGCUCGGGUGAAGAUGGAGAUGCUUUGAGCUUAAUGCCGGUGAGGAGACGUCAUUUCCUAUCUCAACCUGAUGAUGCUGAUAUAGUCGGACGCUUUAAUGAUGAGAAGAUCCUACUUGAAAGAUUGAUAAAUCACCACUGCCAACAACAACAAGGGUCUUGUGUCAUUAGCAUAGUUGGCAUUGGUGGUCUUGGUAAAACCACCCUUGCUCGCAAACUCUACCGUAGCAAUGCUGUCAACAAUCAUUUUCACAAGUGCAUCUGGCUUACAGUUUCUCAAGAAAAUAGUUUAAUGGGGCUUUUGAGGAAGUUGCUCAAACAAGUUCCUGGCAUUAAAGAGGAAGAUUUGCAGAACAAGGAAGAAAAUGAUUUGAUAGACAUGAUUAAUGACUCACUAAAAACACAAAGGAUUUUCAUUGUAUUGGAUGAUAUUUGGAGAGAGGAUGUUUGUGUUCAGAUGGAAGGAAUUUUUCGGAAUGUGAACAAUGGGAGCAGGAUCUUGAUCACCACUAGAUUUCUUAAUGUUGCAAAACGAGCAGAUCCAAGCAGCACUCCGCACCAACUUCUGUUGUUGAAUGAAGGUGAGAGUAAAAAGCUUCUUCUCAAGAAGGCCUUUCAUUGGGAAGAUGCAGAGACAAAUUGUUGCAGUGAAUUUCUUGAUAUUGGCCUUCGCCUCGUGCGCAAAUGCGGGGGCCUGCCUUUGGCUUUAGUUGUACUUGGAGGUUUCCUAUCAAUAAGGGACAAAACACCUGUUGAGUGGAGGAGAGUAUUGGAGACAAUGAGUUGGGAGGCACAAGGAAUUAGCACAUGUCAAGAAAUACUAGCCCUAAGCUAUGAAGAUCUUCCACAUCAUAUGAAAUUAUGUUUUCUUUAUUUCAGUGCUUACCCUGAGGAUUCUGAGAUAUAUGGCAUUGAGUUAAUCAGGAAAUGGAUUGCAGAAGGCUUCAUACCACAAGAAGGAAAUAAGAUGAUGGAGGAGACAGGGGAGGCUAUUUUAAAGGAGUUGGUACAAAGGAGCUUGAUUCAUGCAAAUGAGUGGAAAAGCAAUGGGUGUGUGAGGACAUGUGGUGUUCAUGAUCUACUACUAGAUUUUGCAAGGUCUGCGGCCAAGAAAGACCGUUUCCUCACUGUUUGCUCCACUCAAAAUGAUCAACCAGUUUCUUUGGCAUCGUCAUCUCACCGGGUGGCAAUUCACAUCAUCAAUGAACCCUUGACCAAUGAAAUCACCAAUGAAAUCAGUACAAGGUACGAUGGACUGAGGACUUUAAUAGUAUUUGGAAGAAUAGUUAGUUCUCCAGAAAUAAUUCCCGCCAUGUUUACAUUUCAGUUUCUAAGAAUGCUUGACUUGGCUGCGAUUUGUCUCCAAGACAGAAUACCAGAAGAAAUCAAGCUCUUGAUUCAUUUACGCUAUUUUAAGACUGUUUGGUAUGUAUGAGAGAUUGUUUGGUAGGGAUGAUCUAGCCGUAUCAUUGUCUAUAGGAAACCUUCAAUUUUUACAGACUAUUGACAUAACUUGUCUACUAGAGAUACUAGUACCCAUCACACUAUGGAAGAUCAAGACGCUAAGACAUGUACUACUCCGAGAAGGGUGCACACCACCACAAAGUGUGAAGCUAGAAGAUCUCCUCACACUUGAUUAUGUGACAUUUGGUUCCCAUGAAACAAUAAACUGGAGUUUUCCCAACCUUAGGAAGUUCAAAGUGUUUAUCAGUAAGGAACACCACGGAGCAAUGCUAACCCAGCUACUCAGUCGGCUAAGCCAUCUUACCAGUAUGCAUAUAAGAGCGGAUAAAGCAUAUCAUAUAGAAAUCAAGACAACAAAGGACUUUCCAUUUCACAACACCCUUCAGUCAUUUACUUUACAUGGACCUUGGCCAAUGGGGAACGACAUAUCUGAAUUUCCAAUUUAUCUCACCAGGAUUGAACUCUGUGAUUCUAAAUUGAAGGAAGACCCAAUGCCUAAAUUAGAGAGGCUACAAUACCUUGUCAUUCUCAAAUUCUUUGAAUCUAUGUAUUUUGGGAAAACCAUGGUAUGCUCUGCAGGUGGAUUCCCUAGGUUGGAAAUUCUGUUCAUUACCAACUAGUAUUAUCACAAAAAAAUAAGGGCCGAAGUGCGCAUGUUGGAGACAAUGCCUAAUCUUGAGGAGUGGAGUAUAGAGGAAGGUGCAAUGCCCAAACUUACAUUCCUACGAUUAACUUCAUGCGAGAAACUGAAAAUGCUUCCAGACUUUCAUCAUUUGAUGAGCCUUUAGAAAUUGGAGUUGUAUGGCAUGUCUAAAGAGCUCAUCCGCGGGACAAGGAGGGAGGAUUCGCACAAGAUUCGACAUGUGCCAAAAAUCUGCCGUCGUACUAGCCAAGAGCCUACCAAUUAUCCCUUGGCAAUUGCUGGUCUGGAUGGCAUGGAUGAAGGUGAGUUUUCAGAUACUGGAGAGGGCAUUUCUACGGUUGAGAAGGAUGACAAGGAGGUCAGAGCUGAGUUCAAGGAGUUUGCCCAUGAGUAUGACGAGGAGGUCGGAGCCAAGGAGGAUUAAGAUGAGGGUGCCGUCUGAAGAUGACGAGGAGGUCGGAGCGGUGAUGAGGAUUAAGACGAAGAUAAUGCGUUGUCUACCUUAAAGUUUUCAUGCUUAUUUUUGUUCCAGUAGUAUUGGUGGAAUUUUUUUUUUCUUGUAUGAAUAAGAAGGAGAAGA